AUGGAGGUGAAGUGUAGACUGCCUCAAUACAGUGAACCUGAAGCAAGCGACGUUAUGGACGCUGCCUUCGAGAAGGAUCCGCUCCACAACUAUAUCAAAGAUACACCAAUGCGUCUACACUCUCUCUUUCCCUUGAUUGUGUUUUUACAUGCGAGACUCUUAGAAUGUCCAAUGUCCCCUUCUAACAAGCGUAGGGACACAGCGCUACGUUCUAUCGUGUUUGGUGAAGCAAUAUGCAGGGGCAAGGCAAUCACAGUGGAUGCGGGGAAUGCAGUAGUUCUGUUGUAA